AUGAAUUUGUCGCUCGUUGAUCCCUUCAUCCUUGCGCAGGAUUGUCCUGAGGUUAUCACCGGCCGCCUACCCACCACAGCGCCCUUUGACAUUGACUCACAGCAUGCAGGCAGCGGCCACUCGACGUCUAUCCGCUUCAGCCACCGCGGCGACCUGCUCGCGUCCGGACGUCACGAUGGCAUUGUCGUCAUCUUCGACAUCGAGACGAACGGUGUUGCGCGCAAGCUCCGCGGGCACACCCGCCAGGUGCAGUCGCUGAGCUGGUCCAUGAACGACCGCUAUCUCCUCAGCGCCGGGCAGGACUGGAAGGUGGUGCUGUGGGACCUGAACGAUGGCUCCAGAGUGCGCACCGUCCGCUUUGAGGCUGCCAUCUUCAUUGCCGAGCUGCACCCGAAGAACCACAUGUGCUUCGUGGCUGCCCUCUUCGAAGACCAGCCUGUCAUCGUCGAUGUCUCCAACGAGAUCCCCGUCAAACACUCGAUAUCCUCCGCACCGCGCAGAUCCCAACUGGAGCGCGACAAUGCGACUGAGAAGCAGACCGCGCAGGAUGCCAAGCAGACGACCACCAUGACGCUCUUUACACCGUCGGGCGAGCACAUAAUAGCAGGCACGAACAAGGGCUGGCUCAACAUUAUAGAAACGAAGACGCGCGAGGUCCGCUACUCGUUCAGGGUCACCAAUAACAUCAUCGUGUACAUCCGACUGACACCCUCCGGGAGAGAUGUUGUCAUCAACUCCAGCGACAGGAUCGUUCGCACGCUCCACAUACCGGACCUGAGCGACCCCAAGUUCGACUUUGAUACAUUACAGCUGGAAGUAGAGCACAAGUUCCAGGAUCUUGUCCAACGGCUCUCGUGGAACCAUGUCUCCUUCAGUCCGACAGGCGAGUACGUCACAGCAUCCACCUGGAUGAACCACCACAUUUACGUUUGGGAGCGCGGGCAAGGUAGUCUAGUGAAGAUCUUGGAAGGCACAAAAGAAGAGCUAUCGGUCGUGGAAUGGCAUCCCUUCCGCCCCUUUGUUGCAGCUGUCGGUGUUGACUCUGGCCGCGUCUGGCUGUGGUCCAUUCUCCAGCCGCAGCGAUGGUCCGCCCUUGCACCUGAUUUCAUGGAGGUAGAGGAGAACGUCGAGUACAUUGAGCUUGAAGACGAAUUCGACAUCCAGCCCCUCGAAGAAAUACACAAGCGUCGACUCAACCAAGAAGACGAGGAGGUUGACGUCCUCACCAUCGAACCCAUCAAAACAUCUACACUCGAGUUUGGACCAUCUGGCGAGCCGGAAUUUCGCAUGCCCGUGUUAUUGGACAUUGAGGCCAGCGAUAGCGAGGACGAGGUCGUGGCUGUCGGUGCUGGCCAGUUUCGGAGGAGAAGUCCUGGUGCGAACAAGGAAUGGAUGAAUGAUGAAGAAGUCGUCGCUAGUGGUGACGAGGCACGAAGAGCCAACGGGACGGCAGCUACAAAUGGUACCAAGAGGCGGCGUUGA